AUGGUUAUGGUUGUAGCUUCGGUAAACGUGAUAAGAUUUCAGUCCACUAAUACACGGGUUAUAAUUACAACCACAGGCUCAAUAGGAGGGUGUGGGGUGGUCAAAGGGAACUCCUGUCCGACCAGUCCUUCAUGCUCUCCAGGCGCUGCCCGACCAGUCCUUCAUGCUCUCCAGGCGCUGUCCGACCAGUCCUUCAUGCUCUCCAGGCGCUGCCCGACCAGUCCUUCAUGCUCUCCAGGCGCUGUCCGACCAGUUCUUGUAGGUCUCCAGGCGUUGUUCGACCAGUUCUUGGUGGCCUCCAGGCGCUGUCCGACCAGUCCUUCAUGCUCUCCAGGCGCUGUCCGACCAGUCCUUCAUGCUCUCCAGGCGCUGUCCGACCAGUCCUUCAUGCUCUCCAGGCGCUGCCCGACCAGUCCUUCAUGCUCUCCAGGCGCUGCCCGACCAGUCCUUCAUGCUCUCCAGGCACUGUCCGACCAGUCCUUGGUGGCCUCCAGGCGCUGUCCGACCAGUCCUUCAUGCUCUCCAGGCGCUGUCCGACCAGUCCUUGGUGGCCUCCAGGCGCUGUCCGACCAGUCCUUCAUGCUCUCCAGGCGCUGCCCGACCAGUCCUUCAUGCUCUCCAGGCGCUGCCCGACCAGUCCUUCAUGCUCUCCAGGCGCUGCCCGACCAGUCCUUCAUGCUCUCCAGGCGCUGCCCGACCAGUCCUUCAUGCUCUCCAGGCGCUGCCCGACCAGUCCUUCAUGCUCUCCAGGCACUGUCCGACCAGUCCUUCAUGCUCUCCAGGCGCUGCCCGACCAGUCCUUCAUGCUCUCCAGGCGCUGCCCGACCAGUCCUUCAUGCUCUCCAGGCGCUGUCCGACCAGUCCUUCAUGCUCUCCAGGCGCUGCCCGACCAGUCCUUCAUGCUCUCCAGGCGCUGCCCGACCAGUCCUUCAUGCUCUCCAGGCACUGUCCGACCAGUCCUUCAUGCUCUCCAGGCGCUGUCCGACCAGUCCUUCAUGCUCUCCAGGCGCUGCCCGACCAGUCCUUCAUGCUCUCCAGGCGCUGCCCGACCAGUCCUUCAUGCUCUCCAGGCGCUGUCCGACCAGUCCUUCAUGCUCUCCAGGCACUGUCCGACCAGUUCUUGGUGGCCUCCAGGCGCUGCCCGACCAGUCCUUCAUGCUCUCCAGGCGCUGUCCGACCAGUCCUUGGUGGCCUCCAGGCGCUGUCCGACCAGUCCUUCAUGCUCUCCAGGCGCUGCCCGACCAGUCCUUCAUGCUCUCCAGGCGCUGCCCGACCAGUCCUUCAUGCUCUCCAGGCGCUGUCCGACCAGUCCUUCAUGCUCUCCAGGCGCUGCCCGACCAGUCCUUCAUGCUCUCCAGGCGCUGCCCGACCAGUCCUUCAUGCUCUCCAGGCACUGUCCGACCAGUCCUUCAUGCUCUCCAGGCGCUGUCCGACCAGUCCUUCAUGCUCUCCAGGCGCUGCCCGACCAGUCCUUCAUGCUCUCCAGGCGCUGCCCGACCAGUCCUUCAUGCUCUCCAGGCGCUGUCCGACCAGUCCUUCAUGCUCUCCAGGCGCUGCCCGACCAGUCCUUCAUGCUCUCCAGGCGCUGCCCGACCAGUCCUUCAUGCUCUCCAGGCGCUGUCCGACCAGUCCUUCAUGCUCUCCAGGCGCUGCCCGACCAGUCCUUCAUGCUCUCCAGGCGCUGCCCGACCAGUCCUUCAUGCUCUCCAGGCGCUGCCCGACCAGUCCUUCAUGCUCUCCAGGCGUUGUCCGACCAGUUCUUGGUGGUCUCCAGGCGCUGUCCGACCAGUCCUUCAUGCUCUCCAGGCGCUGUCCGACCAGUCCUUCAUGCUCUCCAGGCGCUGUCCGACCAGUUCUUGUAGGUCUCCAGGCGUUGUUCGACCAGUUCUUGGUGGUCUCCAGGCGCUGUCCGACCAGCCCUUGUAG